AUGGCCUCUAAAUCUUGGCUGAAUUUUUUAACAUUCCUCUGUGGGUCCGCAAUCGGAUUUUUUUUAUGUUCUCAGCUAUUUAGUAUUUUGUUGGGUGAACAGGGUGACACCCAGCCGAAUAUUCUGCACAAUGAUCCCCAUGCUAGGCAUUCCGAUGAUACUGGACAUAAUCAUCUAAAAGGGCAGAUGGACUUUAAUGCAGAUGCCAGCCAACAUACAGAUGAGAACACCGACAUCUCUGAAAAACUAUAUCAGAAAGUUAAAAUUCUCUGCUGGGUAAUGACAGGGCCUCAAAAUCUAGAGAAAAAGGCCAAACAUGUCAAAGCUACGUGGGCCCAACGUUGUAAUAAAGUGUUGUUUAUGAGUUCAGAAGAAAAUAAUGACUUCCCUGCUGUGGGAUUAAAAACUAAAGAAGGCAGAGACCAGCUAUACUGGAAAACUAUUAAAGCUUUUCAGUAUGUUCAUGAGCAUUAUUUAGAAGAUGCUGAUUGGUUUAUGAAAGCAGAUGAUGAUACAUAUGUUGUACUAGACAAUUUGAGAUGGCUUCUCUCAAAAUAUGACCCUGAGAGACCCAUUUACUUUGGGAGAAGAUUUAAGCCCUAUGUAAAGCAGGGUUACAUGAGUGGAGGAGCAGGAUACGUACUGAGCAAAGAAGCCUUGAAGAGAUUUGUUGAUGCAUUUAAAACGGAUAAAUGUACUCAUAGUUCCUCCAUUGAAGACUUAGCACUGGGGAGAUGCAUGGAAAUUAUAAAUGUAGAAGCAGGAGAUUCCCGAGAUACUACUGGAAAAGAAACUUUUCAUCCCUUUGUACCGGAACACCACUUAAUUAAAGGCUAUCUACCCAAAACCUUUUGGUACUGGAAUUAUAACUAUUAUCCUCCUGUAGAGGGUCCUGGUUGCUGUUCUGAUCUUGCAGUUUCUUUUCACUAUGUUGAUCCUACAACUAUGUAUGAAUUAGAAUACCUCAUUUAUCAUCUUCGUCCAUAUGGUUAUUUAUACAGAUAUCAACCUGCCUUAUCUGAAAAUAUAUUAAAGGAAAUAAGUGAAGCAUACAAAAAUGAAGAUCCAAAAGUAAACUUAGGAAACCCUUGA